AUGCCGGUGAUGAAGGGCCUCCUGGCCCCCCAGAACACCUUUCUGGACACCAUUGCUACACGCUUCGAUGGCACCCACAGUAAUUUCCUGUUGGGUAACGCCCAGGGCCACCGUGGGUACCCCAUUGUCUACUGCUCAGAUGGCUUCUGCGAACUGACAGGCUUCACGAGGACUGAGGUGAUGCAGAAGAACUGCAGCUGCCGCUUCUUGUACGGAGCUGACACCAGUGAGCACGUGGCCCAGCAGAUGGAGAAGGCUCUGGAGGGCCGAGAGGAGUACCAGGCUGAGGUCCACUUCUACAAGAAGAACGGAAUGGCGUUCUGGUGUCUUUUGGACAUCAUGCCCAUCAAGAAUGAGAAGGGCGAAAUGGUUCUCUUCCUAUUCUCAUUCAAGGACAUCACUGACACCUAUGGAAAAUGCCACCACAAUGGCAAGAAGGAGGAGGACAAGAGGCGCAGGAGGAAGAGCAGCUCUCACUUCAACGAGGCCAGGAAGCGUGGACGCACCAUGCUGUACCACCUCACCCGCCAGUUCUCUAGGGGACGCAAAAGAGAGCUCUCAAAUAGCAUGAUUGACAAGCCUACAAUACCUGAUUACAAGGUUGUGACGGUGCAGAAGUCUCGCUUCAUCCUGCUCCACUACAGCUUGUCAAAAGCCCUGUGGGACUGGCUCAUCCUGCUGGCCACCUUCUACGUCGCCGUCACCGUGCCGUACAACGUCAGCUUCACGCCGUACGACGACAGUGUCACAGCAGGACGCACCACCAUCGUCAGUGAUAUCGUGGUGGAAAUGCUCUUUAUUAUAGACAUUAUCCUGAACUUCCGCACCACCUUCGUGAGCCAGUCAGGCCAGGUGGUGUAUGAACCGCGCGCCAUUUGCAUUCACUACGCCACCACAUGGUUCUUUGUGGACCUGGUGGCUGCCCUGCCCUUUGACCUGCUGUAUGCCUUCAACAUCACAGUGACCACCUUGGUCCACCUGCUUAAGACGGUGCGCUUGCUGCGACUGCUUCGUCUGCUGCAUAAGCUGGACCGCUACUCCCAAUACAGUUCCAUGGUGCUGACCUUACUCAUGUGUGUGUUUGCUCUGCUGGCACACUGGAUGGCCUGCAUCUGGUACAUGAUUGGACGCAAGGAGAUAGAGAACGUUGAUACCUGGGACAUAGGAUGGCUCCAUGAGCUGGGCAAACGUCUGGAGACGCCCUAUAUCAACAGCACGGUGGGCGGCCCAUCAGUGCGCAGCUCCUACAUCGCUGCCCUCUACUUUACCCUCAGCAGCCUGACCAGUGUGGGCUUUGGCAAUGUCUGUGCCAACACUGAUGCAGAGAAGAUCUUCUCCGUCUGCACCAUGCUCGUCGGCGCACUGAUGCAUGCCCUGGUCUUUGGUAAUGUGUCUGCCAUCAUCCAGCGAAUGUACUCACGCCGCUCUCUCUACCACACACGCAUGAAAGACAUGAAGGACUUCAUCUGUGUCCACCGGCUGCCCCAGCAGCUCAAACAACGCAUGCUGGAGUACUUCCAGACCACGUGGUCUGUCAACAAUGGUAUAGAUGCCAACGAGCUCCUGCAUGACUUCCCUGAUGAGCUACGGGCUGACAUCGCCAUGCAUCUGAAUAAGGACAUCCUCCAGCUGCCGGUCUUUAAGGGGGCCAGUCGUGGCUGCCUGCGCUCACUCUCUCUCCAUAUAAAAACCUCCUUCUGCGUCCCUGGGGAGUACCUGAUCCGACAUGGUGAUGCACUGCAUGCCAACUACUUUGUCUGCUCCGGUUCUCUGGAGGUGCUGAAAGACAGCAUGGUGCUGGCCAUAUUAGGAAAAGGGGACCUGAUUGGAUCUGACCUGCCUGCAGCGAACCAAGUGAUCAAGACUAACGCUGAUGUGAAGGCCCUUACCUACUGUGACCUCCAGUAUAUCAGUGUGCGUGGACUGAAAGAGGUGCUGGAACUCUACCCUGAGUAUGCCAGCGUGUUCGCCAUUGACAUCCACAACAACUUGACCUACAACCUCAGAGAGGGCAGCCAGGACGAGGGCCUCAACAGGUUUUCAAGGUCACCCAGGCUUUCCCAUGAAGCGAGGCUCACCUCUAUCGUCGAAACCCAGGGCGUUGAGCCAGACGACUCAUUCCACCCCUCUCCAGCUACACGCUCACGUCGAAACCUCCUGCUGCCCAGCUUCAGCAGCCCUGUUCGUCGAACCUCCCUGGGGAACCUCCUUGGGGAUGAGCUGCGCCAGUUCAACGCCCUGCGACGCUGCCGCUCCCCCAACCUCAGCCGGGGCUGCCAUGGGCAUAGCUCAUCACCUCAGCCACCAGCAAAAAGAGAGCACACCACCCCUGCGCAAGCCCCGGCUUCAACUUCAACCCAGGAAGUGUCGCGGGCUGAGCAAAAGCCUUCAAAGCUGCUUAUCCCGACUGUCACCUGUUUUGGACCCCCUGACCUCAGUCCGAGGGUUGUAGACGGCAUCGAAGACAAUGGACACACGUUCCAUUUCAACGUGGAGCACAGAGGGCCUCAAGCCAGCACAGGAGGCAGCGCCCAAGACGCCACACAGGCUAAUGCUACUCUGCUGCUGGAGACAGAGGAGGUCAGGCAUAGUAUCAAUCAACUCAACCAAAAGAUGGGAUCAUUAAACCAGGAAGUAUCUGAGCUCACCAAGAGUCUGCACCACAUGAUGCAUCUCCUCCAGGCCCAUGUAUCUGUGCAUCACUACAAAGCCUCCCUCGCAUCCUACCCUUACGCUGUCCAAAUGGUGUCCAGUUCUCCCACAGACUCCAAUACCGUCAACAUAGCUUCCAGCUUACAUCUCCACAACGAGCCUGGAAGCCACCGAAGUGUCUCACCUAUUGGCCACUGGAGCUACAGCGGAGCCACUGAAACCCAGACAAAGAGCCACCACCGGGCUCAAUCCUCCAGUCCUCCAAAUGCUGGCUCCUGUCCGCCCCUCUCUGUAAACUCUGACCCCAUGUUGGAACCAUGUCAUAGCUCUGAGAGCAUGACCACACACCUGUGGACCAGCCCGUCUGUUCUUAGCAUCAGCCCAGACUUCCUGAGAGGAAGUCCAGGCCUUGUACCUCAUACUAGGCAUGAAGACUCUGACAUCAGACCUCUCAGUACUAGCCCGGCCGCUAUCAGCCAGUCCCAGCCUACUUUGUGCCUGCAGCCUCCCAGUGACAGUGAUGAAUAUUCUUGCCUUUUGUCUGCCGGCUCUACAGAAACGUCCACACACAGCCUGCUGGCCCCGGCACCCAGUUCUUACCCUCGUCUCUACCAGCCCUCCGGGUCCCAUCUCAAUUUAUCACAAACCUCACAUGAGAACAUCUGUGCUCUGAUGUCCGCCCCAACAUCUCAUAAUCUGAUCCAGGACAACUCCACUUUCCAGCUCGAGGAUUCACACUUCUCCUUACAACCUGUCCCUGCCUCUCCACCCACAUUGUCCAGCCACCCUACUGUCUCCUCCCUGGACUCAGAAUCAACACCAUCUGAUCCUCUAGAGCUCCAUCUCCCAAUGGGCGACCCAUCUUCCAUAGAAAACACCAGUCUGCAGUGCCUACUGGGGAACGGGGGCUCCAUGGAGAGCAGAGACAGUGAAAGCGCGUCAUCACGGAGGUCCAGCAUCGGGGCCCAGACUCAGAGCACAGAGCAGUCGUGGUGUCUGGACCUCACAGAUUAA